AUGAAUUUGUAUAGCAAUGAUUGGAACUUUGACUCAAGUGAAAUUACUAAAGAGUUUAUCAAUGCCUCUUUAGUAUUAGAUGUUGGAGAACUUUUGCACGAUUCAAACUUUAGUUUGUAUGAGGCUAUGUCAGCCAUUGAAAUUAUGGAACCAAAAAUGGAUUCAGGACUAAUUUAUACUAACAUCGAUAGGAAGUUAUACGAUUUUUCUACAGCAUAUGAGGAUCAAAUCAUAAAACUAGAUAAUUUACCACUUGAGGAGCUCCUUAUAAUAUUUGAUAACCUGAUAUCUUGUCUAGUUGCAUGGUUAGAGGGACAUAGCUUAGCUCAAACCAUAUUUAUAUGCUUAUAUACUCAUAAACCAGAAUGUAUCAAAGACCGUUUAUUAAAAUUAGUCAUUUUGACAUUUUUAAAGACUUGUGGAUUAAUCAAAGAAUUAAUUCACAAAGCUUCUGUUUAUGAAGAAGAAGAUUUUCAAACAUCAACAUAUGGUUUUGAUUUGGCAGAUGGAAUAGACUCACAAAUAUUGCUUGACAUGUUGGUAGGGCUUGAAGAUAAUUAUAAAGAACCUUUACAUAUUGGUUAUACAAAUGCAGAGAAAGGUUUGCUCUUCUCAAAAAUUAAGUUUAUAAGACUGUUUCUUGACAUAAUCACAUCCUUUAAUAAAUUUAUCACGAACGUAGAGACAUCUCUACGAUUCCACUUUGCCCAACACAAAAACUUGGAAAAUUUGAACCAAAAUUGUUUUUAUUUUUUACGCCACAUAAACUGCUUGCUGAAAUCACUCGAAGAUACUUAUUUUUCUGGUGCAUUUUAUCGAAAUACCUCGUCUCGAAUGUCUCCCACGAAAGCAUCGAAAAAUGAUAACGAAUUAUUGUAUUACGGGUUUGAACCCCUGGCCAAUUCGCGCAUCUUGCCACCCUCUUUUCCUAGAGAAGUUAAAUUGAUCCCUCCCUGUGAGGCUUACAGGUACUUGUACAGUAGAAUCGUCGUAUACGUUCGUUGGAUGGUGGGAAAAAUUUUGGGUAUCUACUAUAACUAUGAUCAUGAUGAAAGAUUAAAAUCUAAGUCCCCAGAAACUAAUUGUGAUGAUCGCGAAUUCGCCGAUGACCUGAACAACAAUAAUUUCGCGACGAUUUCUCCCGAUAAUUCGAAGGCCCAUAUGUCGAGUAAUUGCGGAAAUAGUCAUUUUAUUUGGUGCGAACUACGAAUGCUUGACCAAUUUGACAGGCACCCAAUAGAUUUGCUAUAUGAGCUCGAAGAUAACCCAAUAUUCCGAGAUGACUUCUACGAGGCUAGCAUGGAUUAUUUCGGGACGCCUUCUCUUUUAGCUAGAUCGUUAUUUCAGCUCAUUUACUACUACGCCCUGAGAUGCAAAAAUAACUUUCAGGAUUGGUUGGGCCCUAGUCUAGUAACCUUCGAUUCCUAUUCGCUCUCUCACGAUCAUAUGACGAGGUAUAAAGAUUAUGAAUAUAAAACGAUAGAAAUAUUAGCUAAUCACGAGGAAAAUCUGUAUUACUCCUUGAUCAAGCAUAGGGGGUAUCAUAUAGUGAGGAGGAGAGAAAAAAUUUCACCUAAUAUAAUAAGGAUGCUGACCACUAUAUCGAUUGAGACCCACGGAUCAAAAUUGAUUGAUUGGACCCUCUAUUCGGCUAUGAUAGAAGAUUUGCUUCUGGGAUUUCAGAUGAAACUAUACGCUGACCACGAAUUGCCUUACGUUUAUUGGUAUCUCAGAAAUCUGUACUCUCUCCAAUGCCACAUCCUUAGCCCUCCGGAUAACGCCUUUAUCCCGUCAGCUACCUCUAAAAUUCGCGACCUUGUUCUGACCCCAUGUCAUGCUUUGAAUAAACUUUGUCACGCUUAUUACUUGUGCGCUAUUGCUCUGCUUAACGACGGAUUCAUAGCUAGACCAGAAUACGAAUUUAACGACCAAGAAAUCCGUUUUGAGAAAAGAUUUCGAAACUUAAAUGUCUUAACCAAUUUACACGUCAAUCAUCGGCUUGAAGACGAUCUUCGAUACGCCGCUUUCUCUAGCCAAUCCUCCGACUUCGUUUCCACAAAUACGCGCCAAUUCGGACUCUACGAAGACGCCUCCCGCGCUUUCGACUCGGCUCGUCAUUCAUUCGACGAAUUAUUUCUGAAAAAUCGUCUCGAAUCCACAGGCAAUGACCCCACAGAAAUUUGCUACUCACCAGCGCUGACUCAAAUAGAAUCGGACAACUGCCGCCGAAUCUGUCGCACAAAUAGCUUGGCUUGCAAAGUGUUAAACUCUAUGCUGAGACGAAAUCUUGAAAUAAAAAACCAAGAAAAGGCCCAAAAUUUAGGGGAUGCCAAAGAACUUUUGAGAAAAUGCGGUAAAAAAGUUGAAUUCAGGUUCGAAUCUUUUUCGUGCAAUAGAAAUCAUCGUAAACCGGAUAACACAAUUACAAAUGGAGUUGUAUCAAAAGAGGAAGGUAUCCAAUCGAGUAUCAGGGAAAUGGCGCUCAAAACAAAUCUUUUAAAUAUUAAUGACACUAAAAAUAGCAAAUACUCUCAUAAAAUCCCGCGAAAUGAUGAGAAUAAUUUAAUCGAAAAUAAUAUUAUCAUAAACCACUGCAAGACAAAUGAAUAUUUGGGUACCCGUGUAUUCGAAUAUUUUCCCGUUUUAAAGAUUUAUUCCACCUGAUAUAUUAUUUUAAUAGCCAAUUUAUUGUAUCCGUUUAAUUUUUUUUUGUACGUUUUGAAAUCGUUCCUCUUCCUCGACAAAUUCUAUAUUAUAAUAUAUAUUUAAAUCAAAUAAUCUAGUUACGUGUUUGUUUGUUUAAUAUAUUAUAUCAAUUAUAGGUCAAGCCCGCCCAGACCGGCCUCUGUAAAUUUUUUAUUUCUUUUAGGCCUUUAAAUAUAUUUUCAACAAGUUCUCCUACCUAGCCCCAAAAUCUUUUUGCCCAGCAUGCGGGCCUAGCUAUACCGACCUCUUAUCAAUAUUUUUUCUUCUUAGUCUAAAUUUUUUUUUUUGAAAUGUCAAAUUAAUUGGGGUCUUAGUCAUGAUUUAAGAAAUAAAACUUAUUUUUUUAAAAUUAAAUAAAA